CAGGAGUCUAAAUAAAAAGGAAAAAAAUUAAUAAGAGAAAAAAAGAAAAAGCAGAGAAAGCCAAAGGAGGGAGAAGGCAGACAGAGAGAUUGCCAAAGAAUCUACCCUCCAUCAAGCCAUCGUUAGAGUGACGGGCGACCUGUCCUCCAUUCCUUCGCUAAGCUAGUGAGCUGAAGUGCCCAUUUGUCGUCAUUUCUUUCUCGUCCAGACAUUGCUGUGUAACCACAAAGCUCCUACUCCUGGGAGAUUGGGGAGUCCUAGGACAAUUGCAGAAUUGAACGCCUCAAGUUUAGCUUCAUUUCGACUGCAAGACGCUGCAUUCGAAUGGGCAUCUUUGUGUGGUCCAGCCAACCGAUCUGUCUUGUGAACAAUGGCGCUCGCUGCUGAGCACAUUGACCCUCUCAAGGGUGACCUGAAGCAGGAAGAAGUCGUCCAGGCUGCUCAGGACCCCCAAUCCAACAUUCUCCCAGAGACCGCCGAAAGAAUCCUCGUCGAGAAGAGCAGGAAGGCCGGCUCAGUGGCCUACCAAUUCGAUCCCAAUGCGACUCCUGAACAAAAGGACGAGCAAGUUAAAAUGACCGUUCCCACAAACUUUCACCGUGACAAAAAGCCAUCUCCGGUUGCUGUAACCACUGAUGUCGUUAACGGCACCGCUGUCGACGGAAAGACACCCACCACGGGGAAGACAGAUGGCCAGCUAUCGCCGUUGCCCCCAAAGCCGAGCACGGAACUCUCCGAAGAGGAGCGAUGGGCGAGAGACCGAACCGGGUGGGCACCCCGCUUUCACAUUAAGGAGGACGAGGUGGAUGAGGGGGAGAUCCUUCUUGACCACCAGACCUUGCUUGAAAGUAAACUAGACGAAAAUCUAUUUGGAGAUUGGUAUCACAAUGCCGGCAUCAUCGUCUUUGCUUGUCUUGCUUCAUGGUUCAUCGCUCUUAUCGGUGGUGGUCUGGGAUGGGUGUUUAUCAUCAUGGCGGCCUGUGGAACUUACUAUCGAACAUCGAUACGCCGUACCCGAAGGAAUUUCCGAGACGAUAUCAACCGCGAAUUGGCUAAGAAUCGACUUGAGACCGAUACAGAAAGUCUCGAGUGGAUUAACAGCUUUCUCGUCAAGUUCUGGCCUAUCUAUGCACCGGUUAUCGGUGACACGAUCAUCAAUUCAGUUGACCAGGUUCUCAGCACGGCGACGCCAUCAUUUUUGGACAGUUUGCGUUUGAAGACCUUCAUCCUAGGUACCAAACCUCCGCGAUUGGAGCAUGUUAAAACCUACCCAAAGACAGAGGUCGAUACCGUUCUCAUGGACUGGAAAUUCAGCUUCACCCCAAACGACACCAUGGACUUGACAGCCCGCCAGCUUCGCAACAAAAUCAACCCUAAGGUUGUUUUGGAGGUCCGUAUCGGCAAGGGCGUGGUCAGCAAAGGCCUUGACGUGAUCGUCGAAGAUUUCGCCUUCUCAGGUUUAAUGCGAGUCAAAUUCAAGCUCCAGAUUCCCUUCCCACAUAUUGAACGUGUGGAUGUAUCCUUCAUGGGCGAACCUGAAAUUGACUACGUAUGCAAACCCCUGGGAGGAGAUCUUUUGGGCUUUGAUAUCAAUAUUAUCCCCGGAUUGGAAAGCUUCAUCAAGGACCAGAUCCAUAGCAAUAUCGCACCCAUGAUGUAUGACCCGAACGUCUUCCCCAUCGAAAUCGCAAAGAUGCUUGCUGGAAACCCGGUAGACCAGGCUAUUGGAGUCGUCGCUGUCACCCUUCAUGGCGCCCACAACCUUAAGAACACCGACAAGUUCUCCGGCUCCCCUGAUCCGUAUGCGGUCGUUUCUAUCAACAGCCGUACUCCGCUCGCUCAAACCAAAACUGUCCAUGAAACUACGAAUCCCAAAUGGAACGAGACGCACUACAUUAUUAUUACCUCUUUCACCGAUUCACUCACUAUGCAGAUUUAUGACUUCAACGAAUUCCGGAAGGAUAAGGAACUUGGCACUGCAACUUUCCCGAUGGAAGGACUCGAAACUGACGCAGAACAUGAAAACCUAUCACUCGACAUUAUGGCGAAUGGCCGACACAGGGGAACUUUACAAGCAGAUGUUCGAUUUUUCCCAGUUAUGCAUGGAGGCAAGAAUCCGGAAACGGGGGUGGAAGAGCCACCACCGGAAUUGAACACGGGUAUUGCAAAGAUCACAAUCGAACAGGCCAAGGAUCUGGACGGAACCAAGAGUCUUGUUGGGCAGCUAAAUCCCUAUGGAGUUCUACUUUUGAACGGCAAGGAAAUUCAUAUAACCAAAAAGCUUAAGCGCACAAACAACCCCAUCUUCACGAACCCAUCAAAGGAAGUCCUUAUUACUGACCGGAAAGCUGCUCGUCUUGGCUUGAUCAUCAAGGAUGAUCGCGACCUUGUCACUGACCCAAUCCUCGGAACCUAUCAGAUCAAGCUGAACGAAAUGCUGAAGAUGAUGGAAAAGGGACGCGAAUGGUUUAAUCUUAAUGGUGCAAAGACUGGACGCGCCAAAAUGAAAGUGGAGUGGAAACCUGUUGCUCUCAAAGGUGUCGUUGGCAGCGGUGGCUAUGUUACCCCGAUCGGAGUCAUGCGAAUCCACCUGCAAAAUGCUAGGAACCUUAGGAACGUGGAAACUAUGGGUAAAUCUGAUCCUUAUGUGAGGGUACUUCUUUCUGGAAUAGAAAAGGCUCGCACUGUCACCUGGAGAAACAAUCUGAACCCUGAUUGGGACGAAGUUGUGUAUAUUCCGAUGCACUCUCCUCGGGAAAAGAUCAUUCUGGAAGUUCUGGACGAAGAAAGCAUUGGCAAAGAUCGACCUCUUGGGAUGUUGGAGCUGUCUGCUGCAGACUACAUUCGAGAGGGAGAAGACGGUCAAUACGAAGUCGAUGACGAGAAACAGCUUCUCUCAACCCCACUGCGUCUGGAAGGUCGUGGCAAUCCUAAGGGCACUCUCAAUUACACAGUCGCCUUUUACCCAACGCUCAACGUGGCAGACCCUGAAGAAGAAGAGGAAGAAGCCAAAACCAAGCAAGCUAUGGACGGCCAGGUGGCUGUGGAAACCAGGAAGAGCAUUGAUAGUGCGCGGUCCGGAGCCACCGGCCCACCCCAACCAAAUGGGGAGGACAAAGCCAACGGCCGCCCAAGCGCUGACACAACCAGGUCCAAACAGCUGUCUAAUGGUGAAAUGGAAGAAGCUGAAACCCCGACCGAAAAAGUUGUUCCGAAGAUCCGCAUUACAUCACAAGAUGUGCAUAAUUACGAAUCCGGUUUGAUUGUUUUCAAGAUUAUUGAAGGCCAGCUAUCCCAGCAGGAUGUCCAUCUUGAGGUUCUAAUGGAUGAUCAUGCGUUCCCAUGUUACACGUCUAAUAAGGCACGCUCCAAACAUAUUACUUUCAAUGAUGUUGGAGAUGCCUUCGUCCGUGAACUUGAAUUUUCAAAGAUAACUCUUCGCUUGGUUGAAAAGUCCGAUUCGAAAGGCGAUGACGAUCACGAUGGCGCCAUCGCGAAACUCAGCGGUCCGACGCUUACUACACUACAACAAUGCUUGUAUAAACCGACCGAGUUGACGCUUAGGUCCGGCGAAGGUGCCGUCAGCAAGGUUACAGUGAGCCUGAAGUAUAUACCAGUGAAGAUGACGCUGGAUCCUUCAGAAAGUAUCAAUAAUAUGGGCAAUUUGCGGGUCGAUGUUCUUGAUGCCGCAGAUUUACCGUCCGCAGAUCGAAAUGGAUUCAGUGACCCAUACUGCAAGUUCAAGCUUAACGGAAAGGAUGUUUUCAAAACAAAGGUUCAAAAGAAAACGCUACAUCCCGCUUGGAACGAGUGGUUUGAGUGCUCUAUUCCAUCAAGAAUUGCAGCAGAUUUCAAGGUUGAUGUAUAUGACUGGGAUUUUGGAGAAAAAUCCGAUUUCUUGGGUGGAGCUUCGAUUGCCCUGGACCAGCUUGACCCAUUCCGUUCACAGGAAGUGUCCAUUCCUCUGGAUGGCAAAUCAGGUGCCAUUCGACUGAAGCUCCUUUUCAAAUCGGAUUAUGUGGUACGAUCCAGACAAGGCUCUUCCACCUUCUCUGGAACUUUCGCUGCACCCGGGAAGAUCGUCGGUGCUCCAGUGAAAACUGUUGGACUGAUUGGCGGUGGGGUGGUCAAAGGCGCUUCAUUCUUGAAACAUGGCAUUUUGCGAGUCCGCCACGGAAAGGAAGACUCUGAUGCUUCUUCCGCCACCGAGAUUGCAUCCUCAAGCAAUGGUGCUCCUGUUGUGCCAAAUGUUGAAGUUACUCCCACGCCUCAAAAAGCCCCAGCUCUCGUUGACAGCUCACCGCCUCCCUCUACAAUUGCGUCGUCUCAGCUGCACUCCCGUUCUCGAAGUACCGCCUCCCAGGUUGGGGAAAGACUUGGCUUCGGUGGUUCAGGUGUGAAAGGGGAAACUGGAAUGGCGACGUUCACAGUCGUUUCCGCCACUGGCUAUCCACCAUCCACCAAUGUCCGGGUUACGAUUAAACAGUCUACCGCCAAGGGAUGGAAAGAAGUCCAUAAGUCCAAAGCUCACAAGGCGGGCUCAGGAAGUGCAGUCAAUUUUGACCAGGCCCAAGAGACCUUCAGAGUGAAGGACGUUGCUGCAGAUGUUCAGUUCCAGAUCCAGGUCAAGGACCACGCCACCUUCGGCUCAGACCAGGUCCUCGGCGAAGGGAUCUUCUUCGUGGACGAUCAAGGCUCAAACGCCGGAAAAGAGCGCAGUGUCAAGGUCGGAAACGGGAUGGUUAACAUCAAGACAACAUUCACUCCAGCGGAUAACAUGUCGAUAAGACCAGGGACUUCGCACUCGACCGCCGGGCCAAUGGACGAACCGGAUAGCCCAGAAUCAAGAAAGCCCAGAAGAAGCUUUUUGUCCAAGCGAGUCAUCAGUUCUUCUGGUAGUUAAGUUAAACCAUGACUGGAACUUUACUGGUGGGGUUCCUUUGCGCUUGUGUUUUGUUAUAUUCCUGUCCUACCUUUUUACAUGCAUACAUUGAACCGAUUCUCGGUCUACAAGUCAUUUCGGGUUGGCGUUAUGUUGAUUAUGGUAUUUAUAACCGAUAUAUACAAUUCUCAUUAUGUUCGCUUCUUUAUAUAGUCACUGUCCAUGAGCUUUCUAUAUGUCCUAUUAAUAUUUCCUUUUUUAUGAACUCGGUCAUACAGUACACUCCUGGCCCUUUGGAUAGCUAAUAUUUUUUUUAUCUUUUUGCGGAGGCCAAGUCGAGGCUUGAUUUGGGCUCGUCCCACUUGCGUUUUGGAUUCACCCCAAAAUCGAGCGGUUUCUCCUUUUUCUGGAUAAUGAAACGGCCAUGGUUGAUAACAUAUAAGGAUUUUUUCUUUUUAACUGAAUCUUGGACCUGGCCCAUUC